AAUAGAAUGGUCGAAGAAUAUAUAAUAGAAUGGUUGAAGAAAUCCUCGAUCAGACUGUUGUAUUUUUUAUUAAAUUACUGACUGAGCUGAUUCUCGAUAUCAACUGAAGAAUCAAUAAAACACACUUUUACAAUUUGGAUUUCCAAACUUCUGGUAAAGCUGCAGAUAAGAUUUCUGCCGUAUUCAUAGUUUUAAUACGUUCGGAGAAAGGCCUACCACGUCACUUGAUUUGGCAAUAAUCCAUUUGAGAUAUUGAAGUUGAAUCUACGAGACGUUAUUAUGGCAGCUCAGGUACACGAAUUUAAUGUCGAAAUGACGUGUGAGGGAUGUUCGACGGCUGUGCAAAAUGUACUCAAGAAAAAAGCAGGUAUUGAUGACAUCAAGAUUGAUUUACCAGAGAAGAAGGUAUUCGUGACCACUGCGCUCAAUUCGAAUGAGAUUUUAGAAACGCUCAAGAAAACAGGAAAAACUUGCCAGUUUUUACAAACUCAUUAAGGAAAUUAAUAAGUGGAUGAUUAUGUAACAUGAUUAUAAAGGGGCUGCUAAAUGUCAGGCAUACAUUAUAAUAAUUCUUAUAAUAUUUU